GUGGCUAGCUGAUGAUUUCAGCUUCCCGGCGUGUCCGACUUCGUGCCCUUGGCUAUGCCGGAAAAAUAGGUCCCAGAGCAAGACACCACGGAGGACCUAUUUGUGGGCAGAGCAUUUCAGACUUGUCACGAGACGCGGGGUUCCUAAUUGUUUGUAGCUAAACGAAAAGCCUGAGUCUGUGCGAUCGACCGACUUAUCAGGCGAGAACUUCCGCAACAGAGGCUUUAGUCGCGAGCUGGUCACUCUAAGCCUGGUGUACUUCGUUUGUCGAAUCUUGUCUGGACGCAAGCCGGCCAAGAAUGGCGAUCGAACAAGCAAGCAGCACAUCGGUGGAGGCAUCUGACCUUGCCCAGCUCUGGCAAGGCGCCGUAGACGAUUAUGAGAAGAGAACCGGGAAGAAUCUUAGGCUGGGGCAGUUCAAAAGUAUGAACGAUGUGAUGACAGGCACGGAAGGCCUGACGACUAAAUUCAAGGACUUUCGCGAUGAUAAAUCCAAGUCGGCCAAAGUCCGAACCACGUUGAAGAACAACAUGUGGAUUAUUCAGAAAGUCGUCAACACCGUCCAGACGGUCGGCACUGCGGUAUCAGCGUUUCCUCCGGCUCUGCCAGCCAGUUUGAUUUUCACGGCUUUUGGCCAAGUUAUGCAGUCAUUCGCCGAUACUUCUGCCGAUUAUGACAAGAUCAUGGGUUUCUUCGAAUUCACACACCGUUUCUUCGAUCGGCUCUCGAUCAUCGAGGAAAAGACACCCGCACUACCUCCAUUUCAACGCUGUGUGACGCGCGUUUUCUCCAGCAUUCUCAAGAUCUGCGCCGUAGCACAGAAGUAUGCGGCGGAGAAACGGUUUAAAAAAUGGUUCGAGAACCUAGUGAAAGGCGCCGAUGGCGAUCUUACCGCAGCAAACAGCGAGAUGGAAGAAGCCAUCAACGAGCUAAGUCAAGCCGUCGGUCUAGCGACCCUGAGGACCAUAGAGGUCCUCGACGAGGUGCUCAAAAGCAUGAACGGACAGGUGGAGUUCCUCGUCGCAAAUGCCACCUUACUCGAUGAGCGGACCGAGGCAAUUCAGUCUAACACCAACACUAUCAUGGAACAAAACCGGGAUCUCGAGUCAAAGCAGGACGCAAUGACGCAGCUGCAGAAGGAAACGCUGGAGAUGGUGAGCGAGCAGUCGCGAUUAUUCAACAAUGUUGUUGGUUACUUCGGCUCAGUUCAGAUGAGCGAAAACUUUGGGGACAGCUUCAAGACCAGCGUCUUGAAGCUUGGGGUAGUGCGGCUGCGACUGGCGCGCUGGGGCCAAUCGGUCGGCCUGGCCAACAUUGAUGAUGUCCAGUCUCUCGAGGUAUCGAAAUUAUCGCCCGACGACAUCCCUCGGGUGUCCGAACUAUUGGAAGGAAUCCUCGACCAAUUCGCUGAUGCGGAGAGGAUCUCUAAGCGCUUCCAGCUGCGUCACCGUAACACGACGGCCAUUCUUGAUCCUAGCAAGGACCUUGACAAGGUUGCCGCAUCGCUGCACCAGAAGAUGAACGACUUGUCGAUAAGACGACAGGGCAAGUCAGAGGGAGCGCCCACAUCAGAGUUGACGCUGUAUGAAGAGAAGAAUUUCACGCGGAUGAUUGAAGACAUUGGUCAGCUAGUCAAUGACCUAGUCGAGCUGUUCCCGGGAGUGGAAGACGCGCAACGCAAGCUUGCGGAGGAAGAGGUGUCAGAGAUGAAGGGCAUCAAGGGCGCACUGCCCAUCUUGAAAGAGGUUGCUGCGGAUCAAGAUAAUUUGUUGACUGAAACUGUGGUGAAGGUCAUUCAACAAACAUCGACGACGACAUACACCAACUCAGUGGUUUUCACAGGGAGUAACUCGGGAUUCCAAGUCGGGAACAACGCAGGGAGAAUUAGCAACGUGCGAUGGAACUGAGAGUGGAAGCUCGCAGAUCAAAAUAGAAUGAUGGUGAUUAUGUAGCGUUAUGGUGAUAUGGGGUGCUGUGAGAGUGAACUUGCAGAUGGUAGAAACUUAGUAGAAGGUAGAAUCCCACGGACGCCUAGUACUCAGCAUCUGGCUGCUGCGAUAUAUGUAUCGCUGUCAGCAUUCAAGCUGUCUCGAUGUCUCUCUUCAUUGCUGAAUCGGCUGGAUCCUGAAACAAUCAGAUAAUAGGGUCAUGACAGA